AUGCAAAAACUCAUCAUCGCCUUCGCCGCCGUCUCGGUCACUAGCGCUUUCCUUCUCCCAUCCGGAGGAGGUGGAUGCGGAUGUGCUCCACCACCACCACCACCACCAUGCGGAUGCGGAGGUGGAGGUGGUCUCCCACCACUCCCACAACUCCCACCACUCUCCCUCCCAUCCCUCGGAGGAGGAGGCGGUUGCUGCCCACCACCAGCCCCAGCUUGCGGAGGAGGAUGCGGAGGAGGAGCCCCACCACCACCACCAGCCGGAUACGCCACCGCCCCAGCCGCCGGAGGAUACGCCGGAGCUCCACCACCACCGCCACCACCACCAGGACCAAUCGGAGGAGGAUACGCCGGAGCCGGACCAAUCGGAGGAGGAGCCCCAAUCGGAGGAGGAUACGCCGGAGCUGCCCCAGCUGGAGGAGCCUACGCCGGAAGAAAAUAG